UUCGCACCAACAGUAGGUGGCGGGGUGAAAAAAAAAGAUGUGGUGUGAAUCUGGCUCGCGGGUAAGACCGGGGAGGCAGCUCGUGUGAUGCUGCUGCUGUUGCGACACCAACAAGAGACGUGGUGCAGCAGGCACUAAAAGAGGAGGAAGGCGGUGUAGGUUUAUAGGAGGAGAAGGACCAGACAGACUACUACAACACCGCCUGAUGGGGAACCGUUAAUCGAGAGUGAGAGUGUGUGAGAGAGAGAGAGAGAGAGAGAGAGAGAGAGAGAGAGAGAGCCAGCAGCGCAGAAGAAGGAGAAGGAGGGGACGUAACAAGACACGCUCGGGUAUUAGGUGAUUAGGUGAUAGGACCCUUGGAUCGUCCGGCUUCAACACUGCACACGGAGUCCACCAGCAAAACAAAAAAAAAGAAGAAACCUCGGUGGUGAUGAAUCAGCAUUCAGUGAGCCGGACGUCAAUCAUGGCAAGACUCGCCUUCCCCGUCCUGCUCCUGCUUGGAUUCCAAAAGAGUAGGUUCUGCCUGGCCUUGGAUGCGGCGGCCAACGACAGCACUGUUUUCACCCGGAUCCUGGAUGGGCUGCUGGACAAUUACGACUACAGGCUCCGCCCAGGGCUUGGAGAAAAUGUCACCGAGAUCAAGACGAAUAUUUUUGUGACCAGCUUUGGGCCGGUAUCCGACACAGAGAUGGAAUACACCAUAGACGUGUUCUUCCGUCAGAGCUGGAAGGACGAGCGGCUGUGCUUCAAAGGGCCGAUGGAGAUGCUGCCGCUGAACAACCUGCUGGCGAGCAAAAUCUGGACCCCGGACACCUUCUUCCUCAACGGCAAGAAGUCGAUAGCUCACAACAUGACGACGCCCAACAAGCUGCUGAGGCUGCAGGACGACGGCACGUUGCUUUACACCAUGAGGCUGACCAUAUCUGCAGAAUGCCCCAUGCAGCUGGAGGAUUUCCCCAUGGACGCACAUGCCUGCCCUCUCAAGUUUGGCAGCUAUGCCUACCCGGUGUCAGAAGUGGUCUACACUUGGACUAAGGGAGCGGCUACAUCCGUGGUGGUGGCCGAGGACGGCUCCAGACUCAAUCAGUACCAUCUUAUCGGGCAAACCGCCGGGACAGAGGACAUACACACGAGCAGAGGACAGUACACAGUGAUGAUGGCCCACUUCUACCUGAAGAGGAAGAUUGGAUAUUUUGUCAUCCAGACGUACAUGCCCUGUUUCAUGACUGUAAUCCUGUCCCAGGUGUCAUUCUGGCUAAACAGAGAAUCUGUUCCUGCUCGGACCGUCUUUGGGGUGACCACCGUACUGACCAUGACCACUCUCAGCAUCAGCGCCAGGAACUCGCUCCCCAAAGUGGCCUACGCCACAGCCAUGGAUUGGUUCAUUGCCGUCUGUUAUGCAUUCGUCUUUUCCGCCCUCAUUGAGUUCGCAACAGUGAACUACUUCACCAAAAGGAGCUGGGCCUGGGACGGCAAGAAGGCUAUGGAAGCGCAGCACCCAAAGAAACGAGACCCCUUGGUGCUGUCCAAGAAGCCCAACAACGUCUGCUCGGCCGGCGUCAACUACACCCCCAACCUCACCAAGGACGUGUCCGUCUCCACCAUCUCCAACACGGCGUCGGUCCAACUCCGUGCCGCCGCCGAGACCAAGGUGCCAGACGCCAAGAAGACCUACAACAGCGUCAGCAAGAUAGACAAGAUGUCGCGGAUAGUGUUCCCUGUCCUCUUUGGAACCUUCAACCUCGUCUACUGGGCCACGUACCUAAACAGAGAAUCGGUGGUGGUGAAGGGAGUGGUCACCUCUACAUAAUUUUGUGUGUCUGUUUCUGCAUUAACAAACUGCGCUUGAGGAAGAGAAACAAAACUAUACCCAGCUAGCGAAUUCAAGCGCUUUAAAUGCAAGUUUGCAACUAUAUCCAUUUCCUGAUUUUCAUUGCCCUAAAAACAAACCAAGACUUUCUUUGUCAACAAGAGAGUGAGUGCUUUGUUUCUUUCUCACCUCCCCUGCUGCAGUUUUGCAUGAUGCUCUCCUUAAAUGGAGACAGUAGACUCCUCUUUGUCUGGAAUAUUGACAAUAUUUAUUCCAAUCACUGCUUCAUGUAUGUGAGAACACUCCAUUCUUACCACUUUGGGGAGGGUUUUACAUUAAAAAUUCAAACAAUGGAGGCAUUUUGAGCGAUUUCCCCCUUCAUUAAAAAAUGCUUAAUUUCCCUUUCAUGGACGCUUGAAAUGCAAUGAGCUUAUGAGAUUGUAACACUGAAGUGCAAUAAGGCAUGCAUUUACUUAAAGAGAGAAAUUGCACGGGAUUCCACACUUUGAAUAUUGGUGCUACAAUUUGGUUGUAUUUCUCUCUUUAAGCCUUUGCAAGUUCUUCUGCAGAGGGUGCUAUCGGUCUCUUGGUGGAGAUUCAAAGCCUUCUGCUUCAGGCUUGAUUUCCCCAAAAUCUCUUUGGCAGUCAAAAGCAUCGACGCAACCAGAAGGUUUAAUAUAUAUGUAUUGAAAAUAAUCAUUUCAGGCAUCCGGGACGUUUUAAUGAAGCGAUGCCUCAUUACUUAUAUAGAAAAAAAAAAAAGUCAUCAAGUAGUCGUCGAGGCAGCUCGUCAGUGAGAACGUUGGGAAAACGUCUUCAGCCCACAUGCACAGGACAGCUACUGUAGCUCUUUGGCAAGAAUUUCAAAUUCAGGAUGCAAUAUCCUAUGCUCGAACUGAAUUUUGGAGCCGGAGCCACUUAGCUAAUAAUAUAAACAGCUGAGAGACCGGGUGAAAUGCAGGAGCUGGGGACCUAAAGUGUAGCUAACACAGCUACUUUGACCCCCAUUCAAACUAACAAUAAGAAGAGGUUUCAACAAGCUGAUUCCUUGUGAAUUUUGGGUACUUUAAGGGGCGUUUCCAUUCAUAUAAGUACUGUACUCGACGAUCUUUAGAGUGGUUCAUCUACCGAGGACUACAAUCUACUCCCUGACAAUGUACUUUGUGGUUGUCCCGGCAACUGGACUCCCAUCAGCGAAUUCUAACCCAUGGCCAAACUAUCUGUGAAAAAAAUUAAUAAAACAACAAAAACACUCAUAAUGUAGGGACGAGGAUUAGGG